AUGAGCCUGAAAUCGAACCCUUACAUCAAACUGAAUGGUGGUGAUUUCCUAUACCAUCUAGGUAUUGAUACUAGUCAAGUUAAUUGUAAAGAAAUAUUCCAUGAUGUUAAGUUUGUGUGUUUGGGAGGGUCAACAAACAGAAUGCUUAAGUUUGCUAAAUUCAUCAAUGAGAACCUAAAUGGCAAUUCAGAGGAGCCAUAUAACUAUGCCUAUAAAACUGAUAGAUACUGUUUAUAUAAGACAGGUCCAAUACUAAUAGCAAAUCAUGGAAUCGGGGUACCAUCUUUGUCAGUGUUACUGAAUGAAAUAUUUAAACUGUUAUUCUAUGCUCAGUGUAGCGAUGUUAUUUUUAUCAGAUUAGGAACUUGUGGUGGAAUUGGUGUUGAGGCCGGCACUGUAGUCAUAACUGAUAAUGUUGUAAAUGGUGAACUUGAACCUAUAUUUUCCUAUGUAAGUAUAAAACUUGGUAAAAGAAUAAACAUUACUACCACUGUUGAUGCUGACUUAGUGAGAGAGAUUUACGACCAUUCCAGUCAAAAUAACAGUUUUACCAUUGUCCGUGGUACAACAUGCUCCGUCGAUUGUUUCUAUGAAGCCCAGGGGAGACUUGAUGGUGCUCUGUGUGACUAUACUGAGGAAGAUAGGAAACAGUUUUUCGAAAAACUUCAAAGAAAUGGUGUCAAAAAUUUAGAAAUGGAGUCGCUGGGAUUGUUUUCAUACUGUCAUAGGGCAGGCUACAAAGCCGCCAUGAUAGCAGUAGCCUUAUUGAACCGCUUAGAAGCAGACGAACCAACAUCUAACAUUGACAUGCUAAAGGAGUGGGAGAGUCGGCCAUUUUAUACAGUGCUAAAUUUUAUACGGAGUAAACUGGACAUAGUAUAA